GUUAAUCUUGAAGUGCUGUUGUAUCUGAUCUGUUGUCGGUAUAUACGUAACACUGAAAACCAAGUUCUUGUCUUGUAAUCAUUUCCCCAAAUACAUUCCUACUUGGAACCGUUGUUAGAGGCCUUCCUUUCUAGCCCUUUACUGGCCUUUGAUAGCCUUGAUUUUGUGACCAAGACUCAUUCUUAUCCAUUAGAUAUCUCCCCUAUUGACCGCUUCAAUGGCUGGCGGAUUACGUUCAUCACCCAUUCCUCAACAAGAGAUGGCCGACCGAGCCGCCAACACAAGCUCGAGGAGAAAUGCAGAAGAAACCGAGACGUUGCGCUCAAAGCUAGUUGAUCAGCAUAUCAGCAUGCUAAACUAUCCAGAUCCCUUGAAGCCUCGAGCACCGCUUCAGGUUUACCCCCAAGGCAUUACUCCAGAGAUGGAAGCGAGGUGGCUUCAGAUGUUGAAAAAGAACGGUGUAUGAGUUUCUGAAUGCCUGCUUGAGGGGGGUGGUCUCCCACAGCGGUAUGUUCAGAGCAAUCUAUGAGUGAACGUAUUGGGAAAGAAAAUUCCCUCUUUCAACCACUGAUGCUUAGUGUAACAAUAUAUUAUUCUGCUCCUCCUUAUGAUAGUAAAUUAUCUUUUAGUAUUGAGUGACUUGUGAUAUUAUUUCAACC